AUGGUGUAUCAUACAGAUGGGCAGAGAGUGUCCAGCAGUCACAGACACCGAGUUCACUUCCUGGAGAGCAAAAACAAGACUUGCUCUGUGGAGAUCAGAAAUGUGAGCAGAGAGGAGAGCGGAUACUACAAGUUUAGAUACGAGGGACCUGGUGAAAAUGAUCGAUGGACUCAAGUGCCAGGAGUCAAAGUGACAGUCACAGGUCUAAAGGUUGAAGCAACAGCAGAGAAGGUAAAAGAAAAUGACGCUGUGACCCUGACCUGCAGAACAAACUGCAGUCUCAACAACAUUUCCUGGUUCAGAAGUGGACGACGCUUAUAUAAGACCUCCGAGACACUUGACAUUCAGAGGGCCUCCUAUAAGGACCACGGCAAUUAUUCAUGUCGGGCUAGACACCUCACGUCUCCAGAAUUUCAUAUGAAUGUGGAGUACUCCCCGAAAAAUGCCGUCAUCACAGGUCAGCCCACCAUUACUAUAGAAGAAGGGACAUCAGUGACUUUAAAAUGCACAGCCUUGGCAAACCCACCCUGCAACUUCACCUGGGUGAAGGAGAACAGCAGCCAUGUAGAAACAGGAGAACAACUCCACAUCAGAGAGUUUAAAGAGAGUCACGCCGGGUCUUAUCACUGCAAAGCCACCAACAUCCAUGGGACAGCAAAGUCUGCAGGCGUCACCCUGAAGGUACAAGGUGAGCACCAGCAAUGUAUCAUGGGUUAAACACGCACAGAU